AAGCCCCACCGCAUUCAUUGUGCACGGUCUAUCCACCCCCUGCUGCCGCUGGCUGGCGACUGCCGCUCGCUCCAGCUGAGCUAAGAGUAGCGGCAGCUCCGGGAACGGACGGACUCCAGCCCUUGGACUUAGGACAUCGCAACACCUUCCCUUGCGUGCGUGACUUAUUCGCACAUCAUUUCUGUUUAUGUCUGGGGUGGGGAGAAAAAUCCCAAACCAGCUGUGUAAAUGAGUAUGGAAGAUUAUGAUUUCCUGUUUAAAAUUGUUUUAAUUGGCAAUGCCGGCGUGGGGAAGACGUGCCUAGUUCGACGAUUCACUCAGGGUCUUUUCCCCCCAGGUCAAGGAGCCACAAUUGGAGUUGAUUUUAUGAUUAAGACAGUGGAGAUUAAUGGUGAGAAAGUAAAGCUUCAGAUCUGGGACACAGCAGGUCAAGAGAGAUUUCGGUCCAUUACCCAGAGUUACUACCGAAGCGCCAAUGCCUUGAUCCUCACCUAUGACAUAACCUGUGAAGAAUCCUUCCGCUGCCUUCCCGAGUGGCUGCGGGAGAUAGAACAAUAUGCCAGCAACAAGGUCAUCACUGUGCUAGUGGGCAACAAGAUUGAUCUGGCUGAAAGGAGAGAGGUCUCCCAGCAGAGAGCAGAGGAAUUCUCAGAAGCUCAGGACAUGUAUUACCUGGAGACCUCGGCCAAGGAAUCCGAUAACGUGGAGAAACUCUUCCUUGACUUAGCAUGCCGCCUCAUCCGCGAAGCCAGGCAGAACACACUCGUGAACAAUGUGUCCUCGCCUUUACCCGGAGAAGGGAAAAGCAUCAGUUAUUUGACUUGUUGUAAUUUCAACUAAAGGCCGAGGCAAGAAGUGAAAGGAAUCAGCGGCUGCCCUGCUGGGCCCUGAACUGCUGGGACCUGGCGAUGACCGCGGCUCCCGCUCUCGGACCUUCUGACCCCCCCGUGGGCUCCUGCACUUACGAAGCAUGACAGGCCAUGCGCCUUGUCCAGAGGCCAGCAUUAGCUGAACAUAUAAUGGUUUCACCUUUUUGCAGUCUGGGGUCGAAGCAGGGAGAAAUUUGCACUAGGCCCUCCAUGAUCUGCAGAGCAUGUUGCUUUUGUUUUUUUUAAAAAAAGCAAGUAAAAAAGCAAGUGAAAGCGCAUUCCUGAACGCAGUCCAGGGGGAAAUGGACUGUAGGGACCCUCCUGCACAUCAGUGGGUGCAUGUGGGGGCUGUUCUUCAGGGCUUCCGGGUGCCCUGGUUUUCUUGUCUACCAGAUAAACCAAAACUGGGAAGGCCAAGUACUGUCUCUGUGGGGCGUGUUGAUGACUCCACGGAGAUUCUGAAAAGUGUUAUUUCUCUUGUCCACAGGCACUUUCAAGAACUUUGGGAUGUAAAAAUGAAAUGAAACCUUUACCCAUGACCAACAGUAACAAUCAUUGAUUUGAUGAGACAUAUAUAAGCUCCAUGACUCCUUUUGGUGCUAAUGAUUCCACUCUUUCACAGACCAAACGUUUUAGUGCAUUGAUGUCCUUAAGUGUGUUACAUAAAAAUAAAAAAUAAUAAUAAGGGAA